AUGUUACAGUCUGCAUCUGAAAUCCUGUCUACUACCUGGUCUGCCGUCGAGAGUGCUUCUAAGCUAUGUGUAACUCUAUUCCUACCUGCUCUUCUAUUUUCGGAGAUCGGCCCCCUCGCAUCUUGGGAUAAGUUGAAAGAUUAUUGGGUCAUUCUCGUUUAUGCGGUAGUUUUCCAACUUAUCUCUUGGAUCUUUGGUGCGAUCGGGGUGAUUGGUUUCGGUAUGCCGCAGUGGAUUAUCUCUCUGGGCAAAAACGGCACGUUAUCACCUUUGGUCAAGAACGACGAUCUUGAUGCAGUGCUAGAUCGAGGUCAGGUCUUCCUUCUUAUAAACGCACUGAAACACCCUCUUGAUAUACCCCAUCCCUGGUCUCAUUCGGAAUCCCCUCAUGCGAUCAAGAAGGUGCGAGAGGUCCUCAAUGAGGAUCAAGAUUAUCCUGCCAUCGAACCGUACUCCGGGGACAACGAGAAUGCACCACUGCUCCAUGAGGCAAGGCAACAUGGCAAGAAGGGCUGGAAGAUCGCCAAGAUCUUGCAACAGAGCUUGGCAGGCUUCAUGAAUCCGCCCAUGUACGGUGGACUCGCGGCAAUCGUUGCGGGGCUCAUCCCGUUUCUCCACAACUGGUUAUUCAAGAAAGGAGCUUGGCUUAGUCCGUGA